CACAAAAGAUUGCACUCAAUCGUAGCAGAAGUGAUCACUCGCUCUCUCUCACUCUCCUCCACUCAUGGCUCUAACAAUAGCCAACAGUGGCGGUACCAACGGCGGAGCCAGAGUCCUCUACAGAAGCUCCACCACACACCCGUACACCAACCUCUCCUCCCAACGCCACAUCCUCUUCCCCCUCUCCCCAAGAAGAACCCUCCACGUGGUCUCCGCCAAGCGCUUCACCUCCAGAACCGGGAGGCUGGACAACAACAAGAACAACAAGAGGAGCAACACCACGACCAAGGACCAAGAACAAGACCAACGGACGGCGGAGAUUGAAAGCCUCGCUGCCGAUAACAUUGAUGAUGGCUACUUCUUGCCUAAGCUUCCGGGAGAUGAGCCGGAUUUCUGGGAAGGUGAACAGUGGGACGGUCUUGGAUUCUUUGUCGAGUACUUGUGGGCUUUUGGUUUUGGCUUUGCGCUUAUUGGAGCAAUUGCAGCUGCUGCUACAUUCAAUGAAGGGGCAACUGAUUUCAAGGAGACUCCUACUUACAAAGAUGCGAUCCAGUCUCGCGAAUUACUAGAAGAACCAGAGGGUUCUAGCCCGGAUGUCUUUGAAUCCAACCCAACUGAAGUGGCUCCUAGUUUGGAAUAGUGGUCUUUGUAGAAUGAAAGAACAAUGACCUCUACAUCAGAUGAUACAUGAUACAGUCCUAGGCAAAGAAAAACUAUGUUAGAGAUUAUAUCUCAACUUGUAAGGCAAUGUUCAAUAGAUAACAACUUUAUUUUUCUCUGAAAUGUAUUUGAUUUUCUGGUGUGGUAGCGAUACAGAAAUGUUUCUGAGUAUUGAGCUUUUAAGCACAUUGUCCGAGUAUCUAUCAAUUUAGUUUUCUUUCA